AUGGAUUUCGUUAGAGUAAAAGACCGUAACCUUCAACUACACACGCGUAAAGCGCAUUUUUAACUCAUUGUUCUUGGCAGUGCGCACACGCUGUCCAACAAGUGCGUGCUCGAGGCUCACCUGCUGUGUCUUAAGAAGCGAUUGAGGAGAAAACAAUCAUAUGGAGAUCACUGUCUAACGACCUGGAGAUCGAAUCGUCCACGCAACCUCGCCAAACACGCACAUACGUUGUCGCAUUGAUAAACAUGCGCGUUUGUUUCAUGCGCGUCGUGUGAGCUGGUGGAUUAUGAGGAUCUGCUAGUUUCCCCGCCGAUGGAGCCGCCGUAAUUCGUUGUCUUUGUCAUUUUUACAACAAACUAAAGACCGGGCGUUUGCUUAUAUUGUGAAGAUCCAAACCCAAAAGCCUUUAAAUCUAGACCACCAGUGACCUGUGAAGACUUGUAAAUCCCUACACCUGGGUUCUUGGAGAGGGCUGCGCAAUUGCGCACGCUGCGAGAGUAUACCAUCGGACCUUUCCAUGGAAUCCACUCCACGCGUGAUCUCCAGUGAGGGGUUCAGUCCGAUCUGCUGUGGGGUAAAAAGUUGCCGCCUGGACAGUAAAUCUCAUAUAUGAGGAUCAAUACACACGUGCUGGUCAACAUAAAUUGCAAAAAUGCCUAUGCAUCCUGUGUCUUCCACUUUGAUGUACCGGGGGGUCUGCACCAUUCCUGAUAUCCUGUCGUACCGGGCACCGGUCAACCUUCCUGAGGAUGAGGUGGAAGAAAUCCGGGAGGCGUUUAAGGUGUUUGAUCGAGAUGGGAAUGGUUUCAUCUCAAAGCAGGAGCUCGGCAUGGCCAUGCGUUCUCUAGGGUACAUGCCCAAUGAGGUCGAGCUGGAGGUCAUCAUUCAAAGACUCGACAUGGAUGGUGAUGGCCAGGUGGAUUUUGAAGAAUUUGUUACUCUCCUGGGGCCCAAACUCUCGGCUGCCGGGAUGCCUGACAAGUUCAACGGAACCAAUUUUGACUCUGUGUUCUGGAAGUGUGAUAUGCAGAAGCUGACUGUGGAAGAGCUGAAGAGACUCUUAUAUGACACCUUCUGUGACCACCUGACUAUGAAGGACAUCGAGAAUAUCAUCAUGACAGAGGAGAAUCACAUCGAAAAUCCUGAGGACUGCCAGGUUGACAUUGACACGGAAAGUCCAACCCAGCAGGUGAAGCAAACAUGCGUACGGAAGAGUCUGAUCUGCGCCUUCGCGAUCGCUUUCAUCAUCAGUGUCAUGCUUAUCGCAGCCAAUCAGGUGCUUCGCAGUGGCAUGAAGUAACUGAAUGGACCAAUCACAACGUAGAUCCAAUUCAACAUAUAACAGUGAUAAAAAUGGCUAAAAAAAACAAACAUGCACACACAAACUGGAGCAGCUGAAAAGUUCAUUUUAUUUACAUGAAAUCCAAAUGUUGUGACUGAAAUAUUUUUGAGACGAGCUACAGCUUCCACUGGAGAGAAUUAUUCAUAUUUGACAGCAAACUUGAUGCACUCAGAUAUAUAAAUGCACACAUACUGUGUCUUACCCAAAAAGGUCUGAUAAAAGUACACGGAAAGAGAAAAAGAAGAAGUUCAUGCUGUAAAGGACUUUAAACAUUUCCCCAUUCAACCGCUCUCUCUCCCUCUUCAGUAUGUUUUGGGUGAGUUUAGCUGCAUGGACAUCUCCAACCGAGGAUCCUACUCUUCGAUGCAUGACGAUGCAUGGAUUUACAAUAGCCUGGAUGUACCAGUAGAGCUCAGCUGUGCAUCCAUUCAUCUAUAUACUAGACCCCAAAACAAAUUUUCGAAAAAAGACCCGUUUUAAACGUACGAAGAGUUGGAUAUGCAGCAGAGGCCAUUUCUGACAUCUUUUACAUCCAUUAUACUGAUCCCUUUGCAUGAUAAUAAGGGCUGUUUAGGGCAUGCUCAUGUCAUGCAAUGUUAGUCUUGUGUUUGUCGAGUAACUAUUGUUGGUUUUUACCUGUUGCACAUGCCUGAGAUGAUUGUAGUAGUACUCCAUAUGGCCAAAGGGGGCAUGAAACAACCCAAAAGCGAUACUAUACCACUAGUGACAUACCUGUAGAGUAUUAAAGGAAUAGAUCACCCAAAAAUGCAAAUUUGAUCACCUUCAGGCCAUGUAGAUGAGUUAAUUUAGCAUUACAUCACUUG